AUGGAUAUCGUGGAUCUCACGGCCAGACAGUGGGGAACCGCUGGAGAAAGUAUCCUGUCGUUCCAUGUAAGACGAUGCGCCGCCACCAAUAAUAAUAUACUUAAGCCUCAAGGCCGAAUACCAGCACAGCCAGAACGAAGGACAAGGUCUGCAGCACAACAGGAGCAGAGCAGAGCAGAGCGGCAGAGUUGUAGCAGCAGCACCAGCAGAGACAGCAAAAAGCAGCAGAAGACACUGAAGGACAACAGAAGAACUAGCACGAACUAA